AUGUAUGACCGGGGACGAGGACUAGGACGUGGGCAUGCAGACCCUUCGGCGGUACGUGUCCGCGACGCAGGCCAGGUCCUCGCGGACACCUUCGAUCGAUUUAGUGCCUCCCUCAAUGCUGCCAAGCAGCAGAUUGUCAACGCAUUGCAACAAGCUGACUCCCCCCAAGACAUAGCCGGGCUGCGCGCACAGAUCAUAGGUACGUCUCAGAGCGACCAUCAUUCAUGUCACAAAUCUGACAUUACUCUCGCAGCCAACUCAACGGUACUCUAUCCCAUUCUCGCCAUAAGCGCUGCAGAACUGCCACCCCCAUACGUCCAGAUCACGGACUUCUUUGUCACCACUUGUGGCACAGGCAACGCCAUCCAAGCUGCUGUUCUCCAACCUCAGGGCGGUGCCUUGAACCUUCCGCCGGGCAAUGACACCAUCCGAAAGGAAGUGUUUAUCAAAGGCCCAACAGCUUCGUCGACCAGAAAGGCACUCGAAGCGCUUCUGCACUACACCGAGAAGAUCUUGUCGGGCAAUUGGGGUUACAUGGAUAAUCCGUCAAACCAGUAUACUGUUGCUGGGCCGAAUGGCGCUUGGCAUUACAAGAGACGGUGUUCACAGAACGGCGGCUAUCACACUCUGCCUAAUGGCCCCAGAAGACAGCAGAGUAGAGGAGGCAAGAUGGCCUCUCAACCCCCGCACGAACUGUCCACCCUGGGCGACCAAAUCACAGCUCUUGUCAAAGAUCACCUAGCCAGCGUGGAGAAGAGAGAGACUGCCAAAGCCGAGUGCAAGAAGGCGGAAGAGAUGGCAGGCAUUGGUGGCAUGCGGGAGCAGAUUCUUGACAACGUAAAGGUGCUGUACCCUCUCGACGGCAAGCUCAACCCCGGGCACUAUGAGCUGGUCGGCCGCGAGGAGUUCAUCGUCACUACUGUUGGUGACAAGAACGUCUUCCACGCAGAGGUCGUGUACCAACAACCCAAUGAACACUACUUCCUGCGAACCAAGACCGUCUUCCUGCGUGGUCCGGACUCGGAGUCGAUUGCAGGCGCUUUAAUGGGCUUGCUAUGCCUCACGACAUCGCGCCUGCAGCGUCAUCAGGCAAACUGA